UAUCUUUUUCUAUAGCUUGGCAUCACUCCACAUUCGAUUGAAGAAAGCACAAAAUUAAACUAUUGAAGGAGAAAGAAAUGGAGAUAAAUAAUACAGCAUCCAACUACAUUAAAGAGUGUUCAAUAGCCGGACACACACAUCUCAUUAUCGUGGAAUUUCCAUCAAGUAAAUAUGUCGUCAACCAAGUUGUAACAUCUGUUGCGAUGUAUAUACUAAUGAUUCCUGUAGUAUUUUUGAACGGUAUAACAAUUACGACGUUCUUGAAAAGUCAACACAUGAGAGCGAAGGUUUGCCACUUCCCCGUAUUUAUCCAGUCAAUGGCUGACUUGUCUGUUGGAUUGCUUACUCUUCCAUUGUUUGGCUACCUUCACCUCAGCGAAGUUUUUGGUUCGCCAGACUGUGUGUUAAGUUUUGUCAUUUCUACUAUAGCAUUUAUACCGUGGGGAUUAUCCUUAGCAGCUUUAUGCGCAUUGAGUUUUGAAAGAUACAUGGGCGUUUUGCAUCCAAUUGCACAUCUUCACUACGUUACAAAGAAAAUGUUUUUGGUAUACAUUUGUUGUGUUUUAUUGGUAACAUUGAUAAUCGUGCCCUUGGCUGUAGUUUCAGCAGCAUUCUACUACAUUUUUUGCGCGCUCUACACAUUUACUCCAGCGCUCCUUCAUACAUUUUGCUACUCACGGAUCUUGUAUUCAGCAAGGAAAAGACUGCGACGAAACAACUGCAGCAGCAGUAGCGAAGAAACGGAGCCAAAAUCAUCAAAUCGAGCUGGAAAACGAUAUUCUUCGAAGGAAAUGAAGCUUGCCAAGUCUUGUGCAUUGGUUGUAGUUACAUUCUAUGUUUUUUGUAUUCCAGGUGAGAUCCUCAACAUUUAUUAUCUCGAAAAGGACAUAAUAUUAUAUCGGGUCGUAAUUGCUUGGUUUGUUCCAGUUCUUGGAGUGAACACAAUACUGAAUUCUGUUAUCUUCUUCUGGACAAGACCAGUCUUAAGAAAAGAAGCUUUAAAAGUUUUGAAAGGAAUCUGUGGUAAUUGAAAGAACAGUUCAUUUUCUUUUACAACGGCAUUCAGUUGAUGGUAUGAAGUGUCAGAAACCACCUGUCGCCAGGUACACGGCUUAUACAAGGAAAAUAGCAAUUAAAAACUUCUCCCACUUGAAAGAAAGAUUUGAUAUAUUUCAAAAUUUUAUUAUAUACUUCUUUUCUUUAACGUUCUUAGAAUAAAAGAGUAUAAAAGAUAUUAUCCUUCUUCCCAAACAAAAUCGUUACGCAUUCCGCCAUCUAGCGGAUAGAUAGAUGAUUAGUUAGUUUAAUUAAAUAAUAUUGAAUCCCUAUAGGGCUGAACUUUGUUACCUAUUAAUGGAAAUACAAAAAAUGUUGUAAAAAUUACAAAGGUUGUUGUAAAAAUUAUUAUAUAUACCUUACUACGGUAGAAUUUUCUAAAUCAUAUGAAAAUCAUGGUUUAAGUGAGUUGCAUGCAAUAAAACUGUUUUUAUACCGCUGAGCUUAAAAGUGUACAUUAAACUCAUGUUUGUCCAUUAAAUUAAGAGCACUAAAAUUACGAAACGGUAAAAUACUAUAUAAUCUGUGACUAUCGUUUGAAACCAUCUCUUGGAAUAGUUUAGUGGUAAGUUUCAGUGUCUGGACAUUUGUAAUACUUAGUGCUUCAUCAUAUGUAAUCCCAGGGAAUAUGAUCUUCAUUGCUCUCCUUUGUAUCGAUUCAAGGUCAUCCGGUAGAUAUUGGGUCAGACUAUCAUGGAACGCUGGACUUGCGUACCCCAUAACAGGCCCAAUACACGUAGUGUAAAUUUGGAGCAGCUUCUUAGUGGCAAUGUUUGA